AUGAAAGAGUCACUUCUUACACAACUAAAGCGGAACCUUUCUAACCGCUCUAGAAAGGGUAAGGAGCCUCACGUGCAACGACCCGAAACUCCCAAAUUUUUGGACGUAGACGGAGACGCGAGAUCUACUUAUUCCGUCGAAUCGGAUAGCAAAUCUUUCUUUUCGUUUAGCUUUGAAAAUGCGGAGUCGACGUCGCUUUGUGAUUUUGAGACCACCGCGGCUGCAGCAGUGGCCGCGAACGAUGGCGCGAAACCAACUAGAAAGUUAUCAUUCGAAAAGUCUCCUGUAGACGUGGAAGGCUCGCCUCCACCUUAUGAUGUGGAUCAGUUAGAGUGGAUUUUGUUUUAUCCGCGGGGAGUGGGGAAGCAUUUUGUGGGGAUGUUGGGGGUUAAUGAUGUUGUGGCAAUGAGCCAGGUUUGUAGGGCUUGGAGAAGGUGGUUGGUUCCUGAGCGAGACUUCGUAGAUGUCGAUGUCGAAAAGAGCGAUAACCCGCAAUGGAACAUGUCAUCUUUCUUACCUUCUAUUAAAACUGGACCACAAUGGCAUCCACUAGUCCAGGCCGUUAUCGCAUCCAAUCCGCCGUCUCAAGGGACAAGAGACUUCAUCGAGCCAUUGGGCUUUUAUGGAAGAUACCACCGACAGAGUAUCCUUCACUGGCAGAAAUAUGAAUUUAGUAUUCCAAGACUUCUCGGAGUAUUCGGGGAGAACUAUCUAUCUGCUAUCACUUCCCUUCAUCUCGAUGGUGCGGGGUUAGAUACUAAGUCGGAUUGGCUUCGUUACUGUGCAAACCUAGAGAUUUUGAGUAUUAGGAGAUGUGCGGGUAUAACACUUGAUCGUUUGGUUGAUCUAGUCUUAGGACCUGAAGAUGAAAACUCAGCCAGCUCGUCAAAGAAAAAGAAACAAAAAUCUGCAUACCAUACUCCUAGACCUGAAAAAUUAAGGGUGGUAAGGUUUUGGGGGAUAGAUGGAGCUCGACAAUUAGCAUAUCCUCACAAUUCAGAUCAAUACAUUUCGGACCGCCACAAAUUAGAAAAAUACUGCGAUAGAUUGAUGGAUAGGUUUGAAACUGAUGUUUGGUGGGGGUUUGGUGGAGAUAUGACGGCGCGUGAUUGGAAUAAGCGGUAUAGAUUGCUGAUAUCGAUGGAGGAGAAAUGCGGGGUUUGUGGUAAGGCUAGAAAGCAUUCUGGGUGGCCGGAUGGUGUUUCUUGCGAGAGGUGCUUGGGGUUUAACUGUUGGGGGUGUAUGAAUAUGAAAAUUGUGUCGCGAGCUGAUGCAAGUAGCGAAGACCACGACCUUUCAAAUGCCUCGGCGGUAAAUAUGCUUCGACUUGUCUGCAAUCAGGAGGGGAUUUGCGGUUGGGAAGCUGGAGAACAUCAUGUCCACCCCGAAUGUAUCCCACCGGCGACCUUGCUAUGGGGGCAUAAUGAUCCUUUAAAACAUGUUUUCGAGUUGUAUGCUCACCUACAAAGGAAGUAG